UUAUCCAAAACUAUAUUUCUUGCUUUCUUAACUAGUAAAAAAUUAUUUUUAGACUAUCAAUCCCAAAUUCGGCCAGAACUGUUCCAAUAUUCUCAAUUUCCAUCGAGAGCUUCUCCAGAUGCUGGUGCAGUUUAUCAACACAGUUUGUUAAACCAACAAUAUCAGCAGCAACAACAAAUAAAUAAUAACUAUUACCAAAAUCAAUUAGCGCAAAUAUUGGCGUUGCGUCAAGCUCAAUUAACUUCUAUUGAAAAUGCACCUGAGCAAGUUCAACAAGCACCUGUAGAGCACCAGAAUUUAUUAGGCGUCGCAUAUUCACCAUCAAAUGCCGUAUCGCAUGUGAAAAUCAAUGCAAACGGCUAUAAAUACGAUUUCUAAUUAAUUAUUUAAUUAUUUUAAAGACUGUAUCAUACUUAAUUACAUCAAUUAAAUAA